AUGUCGUGUCAGCACAUCAGGCAGAAGAACGACCUUGGCGUUUACCUCUUCCAUCUGGCCUUGACUGACCUGACCUUCACCUUUGGCCUCUCCCUGUGGAUGGACUUCCUGUGGAGAGGCGUCUGGACCCACGGAGGCUACGUCUGUUUGGCCUCCAUCUACUCGCUCCACACCAACUUCUACACCAGUUCGCCUUGGACGAGGAAGGUCAGCACCGCCGCCGUGACCUCCGUCACUGUUUGGGUGUUGGUGAAGGGCUUCAAUGUGUGCACCAUAACCUGGCAGGACUCCUACUAUGAAAACAACAUGAUUUCUUUGUGCUACGUCUUCCUCCCGCUGUCGCAGACCAUGGCUAAUGCUAGCAUGGCUCGCUUCUUCCUGGGCUUCCUGGUUCCGGUUCUCAUCGUCUUUUUCUCCACCUGGAGAACACACCUGGCAGUGAAAGCCAACAGAGCCACGAUGGACGAAGAACGGCUGCGGAUCUCCAAGCUGCUGACGAUGGUUCUUCUCUGCCUGUUGGUCUGUUUCGGACCGAUCCAUGUUGCUUUCAUGGUCCGCAUGCUGUUGGAUGGCUGCGAGGGUUUUACAUGGUUCCUCUGUAUUUACAAGGUUAGCACUGCUAUAUCGACCAUGAACUGCCUGGCAGACCCUCUGCUCUACUGCUUCAUCACCAGAACAGGGCAGGAAAACAUCCAACAGGUUCUGCUUUUCUUCUUGAGGAAGCAGAAAAGGACAGAAGGGAUAAACUGUUUAAGUUAA